AUGUCAUGUUACCAUAGUAACAGGAUAGUCACAGUCUGUUGACUCUGUGCUGCAGCUAACUUACCUGUGAAUAAACUGCGACUCAGUGGCCUGCUGAUCAGUUGUUAACCGCUGAGCUAGAGCGCUUACUUCAGGACCGUUAAGCAGGUUCUGAAGAAGUUAGGAUGUCCAAUGAUCUUGCUGGCGUGUGGGAAGUGGCUCUGAGUGAUGGAGUCCACAGGAUAGAGUUUGAACAUGGUACGACCACAGGAAAGAGGGUCAUCUACGUUGAUGGAAAGGAGAUACUGAGACGAGACUGGAUGUUCAAACUUGUGGGGAAGGAGACGUUCAAUGUGGGCAAAUCAGACACCAAAGCAACCAUCAACAUCGAUGCAGUGAGCGGUUUCGCCUAUGAGUACACCUUGGAGAUCAAUGGAAAGAGCUUGAAGAAGUACAUGGAGAACAGAUCAAAGGUCACCAGCACUUGGGUGCUCAACUUGGAUGGAAUCGACUGCAGGGUGGUCUUGGAGAAAGACACCAUGGAUGUUUGGUGUAAUGGACAAAAUAUCGAGACAGCAGGGGAGUUUGUGGAUGAUGGCACAGAGACGCAUUUCACUCUCGGUGACCACAACUGCUGCGUGAAGGCUGUGAGCAGCGGGAAGAGACGAGACGGGAUCAUUCACACGCUCCUUGUGGAUGGCACAGAGAUAGCCGAAUGCACGGAGUGACCGCGGAUGUGUGUGUGCGUGUGUGUGUGUGUGUGUGAGUGUGUUUACGCCGGUAUGAAAGCAGAGAUCUGGUUUUUAUGCGUGACUCGAGGUAUCUGUGAAACAGGGGCUGUAGAGUAGUUGGACUCUGUUGGAUGGAGUCAAACAAAGAUAUGCUCUCAUACAUGUUGAUGGCCAUGCUGUGAAGGGUACAUUAGCCAUAUAUUAAAGAUUAUCAUGUGAUUAAUCUAGUAACAGUUGAAAACCGGAGCAGUGUGGGCGGUUUUAGAUGAGAAAGGUGCAGCCAUCAUUUCAGUGACAAAGUGAGGUUUAUUGUCUUGAAAUGUAACUGAACACACUGAAAAACUUUUUUUUUGGAAUUUCUUAACUGGAAUUUAUAUGAAUACUAUCAAUUUCAGUAAUAUUAUAAACACGGGAGGCCACAUGUGCCAUAUUUAUCUUGCUCAUCCUUGCAGCUGGUGUUCACUUAGGGAUGUAAUGUACCUGUUGUCAUUUUGUAGAAAACAACCACCCAGAAAUCAAUAACCUGGCCUGGUAAACCACACAUUCCCUCCUGUUCUCCCUGCUCACUGUCUUGUAUUUUUCAAUAUUGAGCAGCUGGAGGAUUAAAUACCAGGGUACAGUUUUGAAAUCAUCCCUUGAAUGUAGCGUCAUUCCAGUGAGUGAACUGCUUAGGAGUGAUCUUUGUUUAGUCCUAAAUUUACAUGUUAAAUAGUCUUUGUUUGAUUGGUUCAGCCAGCUGAUAUUACAAUGGUAUGUACUUAGCUUUUAGCAGACUGCUAUACAUAUGUCAAAGUGUCCUAGAGUGCACUGUCUAUAAUUUAAUGGCUGUAACAGUUUCACAGACAAUCAUUCAGAUGUGACAUUACCAAUAUAAAUCAUAUACUCAGUCAAAGUCAAUCACGUGCUGAUAUCCAAACAUAAUUUGGAAACUCCCCCCCCCCGUCAUCUUUAGAGAUGUGUGUAUUUUGUUGUUCAGGCAAACAAUUUCUCUUUUUUUAUAUAAAGACCAGAAGUUUGGGUUUUGCACAGUUUAAACUAAACAAUUUUAUAAAGUGAUGGUCACAAACUAAAGAUAUAAAAUGUCUCCAGUGUAUCUCAAAUGUUGUUGUUUUGCAAAGAGAGGCAUUCACAAUUUAUUGAGCACUGGUAACACUACAGUGAAGACACUUUCCAUAGACAA